UGUGUAUAGGACGAGAUUAUGUGCGCAGAAGAUAAUGUGUUUGUGUAAUUGCAUUUAAAGCGACGACAUAUCAAGUUAAAAGAGAUCUUCAGAAAUUUUCAAGCCCACAUAUUUUGUUAUUCUACUUAUCAUAAAACUAUCUUACUAAUUUGUUUUCAUGGGGUUGACCUGAUUCAAAAAGUGUUUUUAUUUAUUUUCCUUUCUCGUCUUUAAUUUAUUUUCCUGCUACGUUAUUGUUUAUAGGGUCAGUGUCUCCACGGUAGGCCUGAGCGUUUUUAUCCCAACCCGAACUACCUACCUAAAUUCGAACUCGAAAAAUCGAAACCGGAUCCGAAUUGUUAUACAAAAUAUCCGAACGAGACUUAUGAAUUUAGUACUUUGGGGUUUGGUUAUAACCCGAACCGGACCGAAAUCCAAACUAUGAUCCGAAGAUAUCUGAAAUUAGUUAAAUAUGUUAGUGUUUUAUAUAUGUUAAAGUGAUUUAGAUAUUUUAGAGUAUUCAAAAUAUUUUUGUAGUUUGUUUUAUUUGUUAUUUUGAAUACUUUUUAGUUAAUUUAGAUAGCUUACUAAUUUUUAAUUAGAUUUAUGAAUAAUUUCUAUAUUUUGAAAAAAAUUUGUCAAUUUUUGAAGUUUUAUAUAUAUAUUUUUGGACGAUUUACAAUCCGAUCCGAACCGAAUUUGGAAGGAACCGAGUCGAACCCAACCUGAUAAUUAGUAAAAACCGAAUGAGACUUAUGAGCAUAACACCGAAAAUCCGAAAAUCUGAAUCAAUCGAACACCAAACCGACUUGCCCCGAACGCCGAGGCCUACUCCACGGUAUGGUGUCCUACUAACCAUGUAUGGGUUCUAUAAAAAGUGUAAAGUGUUCAAUCCAAUGUUUUUUUAGAAAUUAUUUAGUCACUAAUACCAGUUUUUAAAGAGAAUUUUAUACGUCUACGAGUAGUUAGUUAGUUAGUUAAUUAAUGAAACUCAUCAAGAAAAAAAUAAUUAUUGGGUCCCCCUCUCAACUCCCUCAACAUUUCAAAAUCAAUUUACAACCGCAAACAUAUAUUUCCAUCUAAUCCUCUGUUUUCGAUUUUCCCUCACUCUUUCUCUUCUUCCAUAACAAUAUAAAAAAAAAAAAUCCUGCGUGUGUGUACAUUCGAUCAAUGCCAGGAACUAUACAAGUUUCAGUUCUGGGUCUUGUUGAUGUUCAGACAGCUUCUUCAACCACUUCCAUUAAAGUUGCUAUGGGGAAGAUAGAGUAUCGAACAUCGGAUUCAGGAGACUACAUUUUUCCAGUCACGAGGCUCCAGGAAAACUUGAUUGUUACAUUGUUAGAUGUCAAUGGUAACGGAAUAUUACACAAAGAGAUAGAGACCAGGAUGAUCAUAGAGAGUGGCUUCUUGGAAGAGAAACUUUCAUUCAAUGGCUAUGGAAACGUCCAGCUGAAAAUGCAGUUUGUUCUUAGUGAAGAAGAUCGAAACCGCAUACGUUUCCUGAGACAAUCUGCAUUGAGAAAGAAUCACAAGGAGCUUGUAGGUGGCAGUUCUUUUACCAAAUCUAAAAGCAUUGCUUCAGAUCUGUCUUCUCUAAGUCCAAUGCAAACCCGAGACACCUUGGCUGCUGCUAGUCCAAAGACAACUCUUGCUCUGUCUCAGGAGACAGAGGUUAAAACUAGUGCAGAUAGAGAACCGGUUUCGUCAAAUCUUAUAACCUGGAAGGCUGAAGUAAAGGGUAUAACUGAGAAGAAGAAGAAAAAUCAGCCAUCUUCUUCAGAUGUUUCUUUAAGCAAGAAGCUCCCGGAAGUUAAGAAACUAGAGAGUGUAUCAUUACUGAAGCAAGAAGAUAAAGGCUUGAGAAAACCGGAAAAGAUCGCUAAUAGGAAGCCAAUGCGCCGGAGUUUGUCAGAGACAAACUUGAGCAAUGUUCGGAAAAUGAUUAGCACCUUUGAAGUUAAAGUGACUCAGGAUACAAAUCUUCUGAUGGGGAAGAGUCAAAUUGAAGAUGUGAAGGAAAAGGCUAAGGCGCAGUCACAACCAAAAAGCUCUGCUAAUAUAGAGAAACCAAAAGAAAGGAAGAUAAGUUCUGAUACCACAGAGAUAUGUGAUCAUAUAGUAACAGUUUCAAGAGAGAAAAGGCCACUGGUUAUAGAGCAUAAGAGCCCUGAAGAGAGCGCUAGAAGAAGUGACUCUUUAAGUAAGCAGAGAAUAAAGAGAAGCUCGGUGGUGGAAGUAAGCAAUGAUGAGAAGAAACAGAGCAAACCUGUGCGUUUGAAGGAUUCUCAUCUUGAGAAUGCACGAGGGUCACGUCUCUGGAUAUUUCCUGAUGAGGCAAAGGAUGUGUUACAGAAGAAGACAGAAGAAUCCAAGAAGGCAAACACCGGUGAGAGGGGAUUAAGCUGCAGAAGCAUUGAGAAAAUGAAUAUCAACAACAAGUGGAAGAACAUUGAGAGAUUGAAGAAACAGAAAUCUCAGGCAUCUGCAGAUUCAGAAAGUUCUAGAGGACCUGUUGUACAUGUGAUGCGUGCAUUGAUUGUGGUGGGUUUUGCAGGCUUAGUGUUUUUGACACGGAAAUGAACUUAAACAGGUUUGUGUUCUGCUGAAAAAUGAAGCCUUCUGUAUUUUUUUCCCCUGUUUUCUUGUGAUGGAAGGAACUCAAAAUAGGUUCAUCGUGCUACAAGCUUCAGCCUCAAAUUUAUUUGUCUCCUUUGAUACAUUUUGCAGAUGAGCCAAACCUUCAUUUUGAGAUUAUAAUAUUGGAACAGUUUUUUUUAAAAACAAGACUGUAAAAGAUAUAUCGUUGCACAUAAUAAUAGUUUUCAAUGAUAUGCUUA